AUGAGUAAUAAUAAUAAUAGAGCAAGUAUUUAUGGUGGAUUAGGAUCAGUUGGUAAAAUAUUUGGAGCACCAUUAUUAGAUGUGGUAAUGAAUCAAAAGAGUAAAACAACAUCAUUAAAUUCAUCAUCAUCAGCAACCAACAAUAACAAUAGUACAGUAGAGGAGGUCAAUAUCCCAUUAUUCCUUCACAAUGGAUUUAAAUAUAUUAUUCAACAUGGACUUGGUAUCGAGGGUAUCUUUCGUAUUGCAGGUACUAAAGACAAGGUAAAACAAUUACAAAUGCAGUUGGAUAAAGGGGAGAAUAUAGAUUACGAUGCAUCAAAAGUUGAUCCAGUGGAUUUAGCAGAUCUCAUGAAAAUAUACUUUAGAGAAUUACCAGACUGUUUAUUACAAUCUGAUCAGUAUGACCAUUUCAUCUCACUUUUAACUUUAGAUCGUUUAGGUCAAAUUCAAAAAUUACGUGAAUUAGUCUCAUCACUUCGUCCUGAAAAUAGAGAAAUGUUAAAACAAUUAAUUUGGUUCUUAGGUAGAAUAGCUGUUAAUUCAACUACAAAUAAAAUGUCUGAAGAAAAUUUAGGUUUAGUUUGGGGACCAAAUUUGUUAUGGAAAGGUGGUAAAGCUGUUAGCACAACUGAUAUGAUGGAAUUAAUGGCAGGUGCUGGUAAAAUUAAAUUAAUUGUUACACUUUUAAUUGAAGAACAAGAACAUGUAUUUAAUAAUUUAAAUGCUACAAUUACAAAAGGUGAAAUGAAAGUAUCAUUUAUUAAUAAAAUUGUAGGUAAUAAAAAGACAUGUCAAGGUAUUUCAAUUAUUGAAGAUGGUGAAAGUAAAUCAAUUUGGACAGCAGAUUCAGCAGGUAUAAUAAAAGUAUUCAAUGCAGAUAAUUAUGUUACAGAAAGAGAAUGGGAUUCAAAUCUUGGUAGAAUUCAUACAAUGACAUCGGUUAGAGAUCAUGCUUGGAUCGCUUCAAGUCAAUCUGUUAGUCUUUGGAAUAAAGCUGGUAAUUUGGUUAAGGAGUUUCCAGGUUUUCAUGUUUCUUUAACACCAGUUUAUUCACAUGGUGAAUAUAGAAUUUGGGCUGGUACUGAUCAAAAAAUAACAAUCUUUUCUUCAAAUACAUUAGAAAUUGUACAAACUAUUUCAAUUCCAGGACAAUUUAUAGUUAGUAUUACAGAGAUAUUUGGAGAAAGUAAUCAAGUUUGGGUUGGUGCAACAGGUGGACAAAUUAUUAUUUUUGACAAGACAACUGGUGAAGAGAUUAGAAAGUUGAGUACACCAGCAAAGAGAAAUAUUACAUGUUUAACCUUUCACAAGUAUAUGGAUAAGGGUAAGGUUUGGGCAGGCUCUGAGGAUAAAUUAAUAUUUGUUAUAGAUCCAUUCGAUGAUUAUAGUAUAGUUCAAACUGUUUCACAUCCAGAUUUACUUUUGAUUAAUACUUUGAAAUCAAUUUCAAAAUCGGUUUGGAGUUGUAGUAGAGAUUCUUCAAUUAGAAUUUGGGAUUCAAAUUCUUUCGAAUUAUUGGGUUCUCUUGAUGAUUACCAUACCGAUGCUGUCAUUGAUGCAAUCUUAACUUAUAAUAAUAGAAAAAUGCGUUGGGAAUUUUGGACUGCUAGUUUUGAUAAAUCAGUUUGUAUUUGGAGUGUUUCAAGUGAACUUUUAUCUCAACCACCACCUCCAUUAUUAAAUGUUUAA